AUGGAGGCUGCGACAGCCAACCCCCUCAUCUCGAGCAAGAUGAACUCCCAGAUGCGCGUCAUUCUUCAUCCCCUCGUCCUCCUCACCAUAUCCGACUACAUCACUCGCCACACCCUUCGAGGCCAGUCCGGUCCUAUAGUCGGAGCUCUUCUUGGCCGGCAACGUGGAUGCGACAUCACGGUCGAGAACGCCUUCGAAUGCCACAUGCGCUCUGCUCCCGCCGUGGACGGCGGCUAUCUGCUCGAUGACGACCGAUUUCGGUCGAGGCUGAAGCAAAUGGCGGCCGUGCACGCGGAGCGACAGCUCGACUUCGUUGGCUGGUACACGCUCGUUCCAUGCUCCGGCCCGACCAGCACCAUCCUCCCCAUCCACAAUCAGAUACUCCGCGGCUGGAACGAGUCUGCCAUCCUCCUAGCCUUCCAUCCAGAGGAAGCCGCCCUCCGCUCGGUGGGUGGCAAGCUUCCUCUCACCGUGUACGAGAGCCGAUACGAGGUCGAUGGCGUCCACAAUGACCAAGACGGCGAGGACAGAACGAUGGACUACGGCGAACCGGCGACGCUCAAGCUCCAGUUUUGCAAAGUCCCCCACUCCGUUGAGUCGGACGAGACCGAGAUGAUCAGCAUGAACUAUGUCGCAUCCGCCCAGGGGCGCGCUUCCACCACGGCGACGAGGAAAGGGCGGCCGGCACGAUCGGUCGAAAUGAACAGCAAGGGGAAGCGUCGCCUGGUCGAGGGCCGUGCAGAUGGAGCCAAGACGGAGAAGGGACCGGCCGAAGACAGCGCUCGCCUCACGCGGGAGGAGGAAUACAUGAUCGAGUCUCUCGUCACCAAGGCCAAUUCCAUCAGGAUGCUUCACUCCCGGAUCCGUCUCCUCCUCGCCUAUCUGGAGCGGUUGCCGGACGCGCUCACGACGGGCGAACAAGACGAUCCCGAAAGCAUGGACACCGACAGCAUCACCCCUUCGCUGCCCAUACUGCGACGGAUCCAAGCCCUCGUCGGCAGCCUCGGCCUCGUCAUUCCCUCGAACCAAGAAGCGUACGACCAGGGUAUGGAUCGGAAGGCCAACGACGUCCGCCUCAUGGGCCUGCUCAACGACGUCAUGCAAGAGGUCCGCCAGGCACGCUCCGUCGGCAAGAAGGUUGGCAUCAUCGAGUCGGCCAAGGCGGGGAGACGCCGCGCCUCGGCAGGACAUUUCAUGCGCUCCAUGCAUUCCAAGAACUCGAUGCACUCGAUGAACCCGGCACAUUCGGUGAACCCCAAGCACUCGAUGAACUCGACGAACCCCAAAAGCCCCAAGCACACCAUGCACUCUCCGCGACCCCUGAACUCGAUGAACUCGAUGCAAACCUUGUACGCCCUCGACGGCCUUGGGGGUAUGCGAUUUUAG